AUGAGGUUAGAGUUCGAGGGACCAGUCCAGAUCAUAGUGGUCAGAGUGCCAUCGACGAUUCAAAAGGCAGGGACGAACAUUGAGGUCAGGGCACCAGGGGCAAAGCAAAAAGGUCGCAGUGUCAUUUACGAGUCAUAUACUUCAGAGUGCCACAGACGAAUUAGCCACGAGGUCGGAGUACCAGAAACGAGCCAAAGGUUGGAGUUCAAAGGACGAGCCAUGAGGUCAGAGUGCCAGGGGCGAGUCACAAGAGUGCCAAAAAAGCCGCCCAGCAUACACAAGAGCCGCCCAGCCUACACAAGAGCCGCCCAAUCCAAAAUUGACCUUCCCAGAAAAGCACCCACUCGCCCUGCCGCAAACCCACUCCCACACGCCAAUGCCCACACACACAUGCCCCCACGCCCUAUUGCCCACCCAGAAACCCAUGCCCACACGCCCAUGCCCACACAUGCCUCCAAGCCCAAACGGAGACCCCCGCCCGACGGAGAAGAAUGGGCGGGCAUCUACCACCGCCAUCCUGUCCGAGACCGCCUGGGAAGGGAGUGUGGUCACGGGGGCGCCUUCAAGAAGCAGUUUGAGGAGAAAUCUUGUCCCAGGCACCCAUGCACCGCCUUCGCGUGGACGCUGGAGUGGCAACCAGCGGCGUACAGAAUCCUCGUCCGGGGCCCAUGCGAAUACCCUCGCGUGCACAAGAGUGGACGGCACAGUAGUAUUUCAAGAGAUGGUUCUGUUUGCGCCGCCACCGGGGGCAAACUCGGCCGGUGGCUUGAAAGCAUUCGAGGCAGGGAGGCAUGUUUAGUGUACGUUGUUCUGGCAUAUAUCAGCGUCUGUGAGAGUAAUGUCUUAAAGGCUAUGUAUAAUGUUGAUGGCUUCCUGCAGGCUGGUGGCGGGAGGUUGAGUCUGGUCGACGUGGAGGCUAAAUUGGAUGAUCAGCAGCUUUUACGAGUCUCGGCCCAUGAUGACGCAAGAGGCGAGUUGACGGCCAGGGCAUCUCAGGCUGAGGUCUCCGUGGUUUACAACGGACUCGACGUCUUCCGGGAGGUGCAGGAGGACCCGAAGUCAGCUGACGUGUACGGCGUGGAGUGGAUGUGUUCGGACGAGUUCGACGCUCCUGCCGACACAGCCAUUAGCUUCAUUAAACAGGGGGCUUAUGUGGCCUUCCAGGACUCCUACCCAAGGACGGGAGGAUCUAUCAGGAUGGAGGUCAAGACGCAGAAGGAGAACGCGCUGCUCAUGUAUAAUACGGGGCCUCCGUCGAGAUCGGAUUUUAUUGCCCUGGAGAUCCACGAGGGAAAGCCCAGACUGGUCCUGGACAAGGGAAACGGAGCUGUCGGUCUCAACAGCACCAUCUACAUCAGCGACGGCGUGUGGCACCACCUGGAGGCCCACUUCAAACCUACGUACAUGGAACUUAACGUAGACGACCACAUCGAGGACCAGCCCACACAUAUCGGCGAGAAUAAGUUCUUUGACCUCUCCGGGUACCUUUUUGUGGGCGGGGUCGAGGUCAAUAAGCAGGCGAGGGCGGUCAAGCAAGGGGCCAGGAACGGGGAUAAGAGCCUCGAGGGAUGCAUUCAGAACCUAUUCGUGGGCGAGCGAAGACUCAGCAUCCGGGAAUCUCGCGUCACCCUGGGCAUCAAGGCAGACUGCAACUGGGCAUAUCCCUGCUUGAAGAACCCUUGCGUGGAUGGUGCCCGUUGCGUGCAGGAGGGUACGGACGGGUUCAAGUGCGAGUGUGAUUUGGCCCUUUGCGUGCGCCAGAACUUCACGACGGCGUAUAAAGUGUUCACGAAGACCACGCUGCCGUUCAAUCUUGAGAUCCUCAGCCUCACGCCCAUGGAGGUGCAAGAAGGAGGCCAGGCUCUGAUUACCUCACAUCACCUCCACCUUGUCCUCGAUUAUGAGAAGUACGGCGUCAGGGAAUCCGGCGUCCACUUCCACGUGAUCACGCCGCCCUCUCGAGGCCGCCUGGACGUCGACCUCCCGCGACGACCCGAGGACACCAUCUUCACCCUCCUGGACCUCAACGACGACCGCGUGACCUACAUCCACGACGGUUCGGAGACGACUGAGGACUCCAUCGUGCUCGAGCUGGAGUUCGUGACGCGCUCGGGCUACAUCCUCCCGUCGUAUCUGCAGUCUCGCCACCGUUUCGUCCUCCCCGUCAGGAUCAUCAGCAAGAACGACGCCCCACAGAUCAAACUCCCGCCGGGGAAGGUCCUGAGGCUGGCGGCGGAGACGGCGAUAACACUCACGACGAACAUUAUCUCCGUGGAAGAUAACGACAGCGCCCCGGAAAAGCUGAGGAUCUCGGUGCUGAACCUGAACGACCCCGCCGGCGGCUUCAUCCAGCACUCGCAGGCGCCGGGCGAGCCCAUCCACGCGUUCACGGUGGCCGACCUAAACAACGGCCUGGUCUCGUACGUGCACCGCGGCGAGCCCAACACCAAGAUCGUGUUCCGCGUCUCGGACGGCAUCGAGACCAGCGAAUCGGCGAUCCUGCGCGUGGCCGCCUUCGAUCUGCAGGUGUACCUCAUCAACAACACGGGGCUGAGCAUGACGCACAGCAGCUGGGCGCUCAUCACGCCGCACAACCUCUCGUACACGACCAACGUCCCCGAGCAGGAGCUCGAAAUCCGCUUCGACAUCUCGGAAAUGCCGCGCUUCGGCGCCGUGCAGCGGCUCCGCGGGAACGACCGCUGGCAGAACGUCAACCAGUUCAGCAGUCGGCAGCUGGAGAAGGAGAAGAUCCGCUACCGACACACCGACAAGGAGCCGACGGUGGACGAGUUCCGCUUCCGGAUCACGGCCGGCGAGCGCAAGUUCCCGACGGAGUACACGUUCCGCAUCAACUUCGUGGCCAUCACAGUGGACGUCGUGCGCAACGCCGAGCUGCUCAUCGACAGGAUUCAGGAAAGCUUCAUCUCCGAGGGCUUCCUGCAGACCGUGACCAAGCCGGACCCGGCGCCCAGCAGCGAGAUCAUCUACAGUAUCAUCGUCGCGCCGAUGUUCGGCUCGAUUUUCUUGAGUUCGGGCGACCUGACGCGGCACCAGCAACUGGAGAAGGGCUCUUCGUUCACCCAGGAGGACAUCGCCAAGGGCAGGAUCAAGUACAAGCUGCACCGCAAGAGCUACUCGUCGCUCCACGACUCGUUCCAGUUCCAGGUGUCGAGCCAGGGCCGCAGCAGCGACGUGCACACCUUCAACAUCCGCCACACGCCCCCGUCCGUCGACGCGACCAUCGUCGUCGAGCGGCUGGACGUGCAGGAGGGCGCCCGCCAGAAGAUCACGCAGAAGUACUUGCACAUCGAGGUGGAGGACAUCGAGGACCUGAUCUACAACAUCACGUCCCCGCCGCGGCACGGCGCCAUCGAUAUCAUAGACGAGUCCAUGAUCCUGCCCGAGCGGAGGAACGCCACCUACUUCACGUCCCGGGAGAUCCUGUCGGGGUCCGUGUUCUACCAGCACGACGACUCCGAGUCGGCCAAGGACCGCUUCCACUUCGUGGCGCUCGCCGAGGACCCGGAGGUGGACUUCCAGUAUGUGGGCGUCAUGCACUUCCGGAUCCUCAUGAUCAACGACAACCACCCGGUGCGCGUCAUGGAGAAAGUGCUGAACGUGGUCACGGACAGCGAGCGGGUCGUCACGUCCAGCGACCUGCUGUACGUGGACCCCGACCUGGACACGCCGCCCACGCAGAUCCAGUACACGCGGCGCAAGAUCCCCAACGGCGACUUCUUCCACGUGGAGGAUAGGUCGGAGCCCGUCUACAUCUUCACGCAGGAGGACAUCAACCAGCGCAGGAUCGUGUUCCGCCACGACGGCCCCUCCUAUGGCAAGGCCGUCAUCUCCGUCACCGACGGCCACCUGUCGUCCACGGGCAUCCUGGAGAUCGUGGCGUCCGAGCCCUUCAUCGAGAUUGUCAACAACAGCGGUAUCAUCGUGCCCCGCGGCCAGCAGGCCGUCAUCUCCAACUACAACCUGAGCGUGGAGACCAACAUGAACGCGUGGGGCGCGGCCAUCGUGUUCCACGUGACCACGCCGCCGCGCUACGGCCGCCUCGUCACGCAGGGCCAGGCCAGCGCCAAGGUCUUCUCCGAGGCCGACCUCCAGGGCAGGACGCUCAAGUACGUGAAUAAGGGCGAGCCCAGCUUCAAGGACGAGUUCCGCUUCAGGGCGAGGAUUGGCGACACCACCUCGGAGGGCAUCUUCGAGAUCAAGGUCUACCCCGAGAGCUACUGGGAGCCGUUGGUCGUCCUGAACAACGCCACCGUUCGAGUCGAGGAGGGCUCGAGGGUGACCAUCGACCAGGCCGCCCUCAAGAUCAUGCACCCCAACAUCGCCCCGUCGGAUAUCACUUACGUCAUCGUCCAGCGGCCUCAGAAUGGGUACCUGGAGGUCGACCUCGGCCAGACCACGCCCACGGAGUACGAGGACGAGGCCAGUCUCCUGAAGCCUGAGGUGAGCGUGUUCGACCAAGCGCUAAUUAACGAAGGCCGAGUCCAGUACGUAGGGCUCGGGACAAACGUGACGUCAGACCACUUCGUCUUCGAUGUGACCAAUGGGAUCUCGAGUUUGUCCAGACUCGUCUAUAAUAUACAAGUCAUUCCGAAGACCAUCUACCUCUCCGCCGGCGCCCUGCACGUGGACGAGGGCUCCCAGACCAUCGUGACCCUGGACGUGGUGCAGGUCCUGACGGAGUAUUACACCGACAAGAUCAAGCAGUACCUGGUGGCGGUGCAGCCGGCGGCGGGGCAGUUGGAGCUGGCGUCGAGGCCCGGGCUCAGGGUCGAGGCCUUCACGCCGCUGCAGCUGGAGCAAGGGCUCAUCUCGUACGUUCACGACGGGAGCGAACGCCUGGCGGACUCGUUCAGUCUGGUGGCCGUGUCAGGUGUGCGUCAGAGUGCGCCAGCCCAGGUCAACGUCACGGUCAGGGGACUCAAUGACGAGGCGCCCUUUGUGGUGAAUAACACGGGGAUUGACAUCUGGGAGGGCGACACGGUGGUCCUGACGAAGGAGAGUCUAGCGGCGAUGGACCCUGACACGCGGCCCGACAACCUGAGCAUCAGCGUCGGGACCCCGGACACCGGCUUCCUCGCUUGGACCUCCAACGUGAGUCACCCGAUCACCUCCUUCACGCAGGCCGACGUCGAUGCGGGUCGCGUGUCGUUCAUCCACACAGGCGGCCUCUCGGGGAUGUUCCGGUGGGAGGCGAGCGACCAGGUCCACGGUACCGGCUCCAACGUGUUCACCGUGUCUGCCCGGGCGCUGCACAUCAGCCUCGUGCGGAACGAGCAGCUGCACGUGUUCCCGAUGAUGCAGCAGCCGCUCUCGUCCGCCGUCCUGCUCGCCGUCACGAACGACUUCAACAUACAGAGGUCUUUGGUCUACGUGAUCCGCCAGGCGCCGUCCCUGGGACAGCUGCUCCUGGAGGAGGCGGGGGGCGUGCUCGUUCCAGUCGAUAACUUCACACAACGGCACCUGAAUGACUCCCGCAUCAUCUUCGAGCACACGAGCCCCUUCUCCAAUCUCUCAGCGAGCGACAUGUUUGUCUUCGACGUGGAGACUCCGUUUGCAGAGCCACUGAAGAAUCAAGAGUUCCACAUCGGAAUAUCUGUCGCCAGUCCGCGUGGAGGAGGUCUUGAGCGCUAUCUCGGGCUGGCGCCUCUCGUGGUGGCGGAAGGAGGGCAGGCGACUGUGAGGCAGGACAACCUGAACCUCUCUGCCGUCUUUGAAUUCAUCGAGACGUACCCAGGGGCUGGCGUAGCAGUGCGAUUCACGCCACAGCUGAUCGCCACUGUCACAUCCACACCUGUGAAUGGCAUCUUCACACUAAGAGACAGAAACAUGACUGAGGGCUACACCUUUACCGUUCGUGACAUCGAAAAGGGCCGUGUGCGGUAUGAACAUGAUCACAGUGACACCCUCACCGAUAGCCUAGGCUUCACUGUUCACCUUGCUGGAAAUGGCUCUUCUCCAGAUGUACUUCUCUUUAAUGGAUCACUAAACGUUAGUGUAACACCAGUGAAUGACCAACCCUUCACAUUAGUCACCAGUGCUCCAGUUCUGUAUGUUGUGCACCGUCAGAAUGCAGUCAUCACUAACCACAGUCUGCUCACCACAGACCCUGACAAUGUUCCAAAGGAUAUUGUGUAUGAACUCAUGAGUGCCCCUGACCAUGGGCGUCUCAUCCAAGUUGACAACUUCAGUGUAGCUGUUCAGUCUUUCUCGCAAGAAGACGUGGAUGCUGGCAGGAUCCUUUAUGCUCACGAUGGAACUAAUGGAUCAGCCCGUUUCUAUUUCAAAGUGUCAGAUGGGAAACACAACCCUAAAUACUCAGUUUUUACCAUUGAGGUACAGCCGCUCACUCUGGAGCUUGUAAACCAUACUGUAAUUCCCCUGAAACAAACUUCUACUGUAGCUUAUAUCAUGCCUCAUCAUCUUGCAGCCACCACAAAUGGCAACCACAAUCAUAUCUUCUAUAAUGUCACCAGAUCACCCAGAUUUGGUCGCUUGUACAUGAAUGAUCAGGUGAUCCACACAUUUGGACAAAUCAAUGUCGAUAAAGGAGAAGUUCUGUAUAUGCAAACAGAUUUGACAGAACCAUCAGAUAAUUUUAGAAUAGACCUUUGGACAUGGGAAGCAUCUAUUCGUGAUGUAGAAGUAAGGGUUGUUGUGACACCUCUUGUAGAAACGAAAAUGUUGAUUGCAACAGUAGGUGGAAGAACCCGUCUCACCUUAGACCACCUAGAUGCUUCCCAACUGGCCACCAUUACAGGUAGCAAUCCUGUAUACAAAGUGAAGAAAAGACCUCGUUUUGGGAAGCUAAAGAAGAUCAGUCGGCGGACAAGGAGAUCUGGCAGGUCCUAUGAAGUUCAGGAUUUUACACAUGAAGACAUAAGGGCAGGACUUAUAUUUUAUAUUGCAAGGAAGCUCAAUCUGAGGGCAGAUGAGCCUCUGCAUGAUCAUGUCCACUACAUCCUUAAGGUACCAGCACCAGGAUUUCAACCCGCAGAAGGAACACUCCGCCUUAGUUUGGUGGAGAGUAUGGAGGCUGGAGCAGCAUUAGAAGAAGGUGCAGGACCGCCAAGACAUCUGCGACCAGAAAUCCUCUCGCCUACGGGAGACAUUGAAGGUUCAUCAAACUCAGACACCUCAAGUUUAUUCCCUGGCAUUCCCAUGGAUUACAUAAUUGUCAUUGUAGCCUUUGUUGGAGCAGUGAUGGCAGUUAUAGCUCUAAUGGUGCUGGUACGCUGUGCUACUCGUCGACGACAUAGUGACAAGCGCAGUAAUGUUGGGAUGGAUGGUGACGUAGCCUCCCUACCCCCACCACUGCCAACUGAUUCACGACCCAACUCCUUCAUGACAGACGAUAUGUCAGAGCUAGAGUGUCGACCCCCAGAACUACCAUCGUCCCCAAGGCCUGGCCGCCACCACCACUUACACAAUGGUGGGAGUGGUGGAAUGGGGCUGGCAGCACACCUCACAGAUUCCGAUGCCUCCUGGCCCCGUGACCCAUCUCGGGAGGUCUCACCGGCAGUGCCUCAGUGCAAGGUCACACCCCUCUGUGCGGACACGACGCCCAGGGAAAGUCCGUAUGACCCGCACUUGGCCGGUUAUCCCUAUGGUGUCAACACGGAGCAGGCGGAGGAAUGGGGCCUGUAUGAGAAGCACCAGCCUAGAACUACCAACCCGAUGCUCAGGAAGAACCAGUAUUGGGUGUAGUAAACUCUCGUUUAAGUUGUGCAGUGUCGCCGCAACUGCGUGUUAUGGUGCUAUUAUCUACUUCAUAAGAAAUCAAAUGUUGUGGAGGAAGAAAAACAUAUAAGUAUGUGUAUGCAUGAAUGAAGUGGAUCGUGUUUUGUGUUUACUUUUUGACUUGAAAAUAAUAUUGAAUAAAAUAAACUACAGACUGCAAUGAUUUUAGAAGUUGUGUUUCAUAAAUGAAUUACAUGAUUUUCAUAUAAUCUCGAAUUUGUUGCAUGGUGUCCGAGAAACGUUGUGAAAAUUAGACAUUUGUGGCAUUUGAUGACUGUGGCCUUGUACCACUCAUUGUGAUAGUGCUACUGGUAAUGAAUUCUUCAACAUGAAAGUAUUAUUGUGGUUAUUUUGUGUUGGCUAUUUAUAUCUCAUGAUGGGAUUUCACCUAAGCCCAGUCCAUAUGUUCAAUAUAAUGACUUGAUGAACAACUGGUUUGUUAGUGGACAUUGUGCGUUCUUCAGAGUGUUUUGUUUACGGUAAAGUGUUCAUGAUUCACAAACUGUAUAGUCGAAGGAAUACGCACAAUCGCCAAUGUGUAAUCACCUCCAGUUACGUAUGUUCAUAAGUUCAAGGGCAUUGAAAAAAAAGAAAGAAAAAAAAAACACUCACUUACAGUUGUACUUAUAUAAAUGAUGGUUUGAAUGUUAAGCAAGUACUUAGAAAUACCAAAAGUCACGCACAUAUUUCACAUUAAUAAUGGAUAUAUAUAUAUUGUUCAUAUGUGGUGUAGAUUCAACAGAUCUUCAGUAUGCUGAAGGUUCAUUGAAUAUCAGAAAGGGCGUAAUAUUUGCUGGCGGAAUUCAGUAGUUCAUGACUUUGACUUGGGUUUAUUUUGGUUUUCAAAGACACAUGUAUAGGAGAACUAUAAUUUAAAUGGGUUUGAAAUAUUUUUUUUCCUUUAGCUGCUUAUAUGGUUACAUUCACUGUAUAUUCCUAUGUAUUACACACACACACACACACACACACACACACACACACACACACACACACACACACACACACACACACACACACACACACACACACACACACACACACACACACACACACACACACACACACUCACUUACUCAAAGACGUACACACCUUUUCAAUACUGCCGUUAGCACUCAAUCUGCAGUUGAAACGUGUGCGCAAAGAGAACACAAACAAUUUGGUGCCUAUAGUACGAAAGAUGUUUUAGAAUUAGUGACUGUGUGACAAUGAAUGAAUUAAAUGUAUUGUUGUCUUGUAGAAUGAGAGAUUAUUGGAGAGAACUGUGAGGAUGGUUUGAUUAUGCUGGCUUGUAUAUUACUAUCAUUAUUAUUAAUAUUAUCAUUAUUGUUAUUAUAAGUAAUAAUUUAUUAUUAUUCUUAUUAUUACUAGUAUUCUUAUUAUUAUUGUUAUUAUUGUUUUUAUUAUUAUUAUUAUCAUUAUUAUUAUUAUUAUUAUUAUUAUUAUUAUUAUUAUUAUUAUUAUUAUUAUUAUUAUUAUUAUUAUUACGUUUUAGAGGACUUGCACCAAAAGUUAUGCGUGUUGAAGUGUCAGAGUAAAAGGUUAGUCUGAAAGAGGUAAAUAAUAAUGAUUAGAUUUUAGAUAUGUGUGCAAAUGUUAUUGUUUUUUAUGUAUUUAUGUUUAUUUGUCUUCUUAGUAUGAAGCAACUGAAGGCUCACAAAUGUCCUACAAUAUAUGUGAGAUUAGAGAGAAAUAACAUUAUUUUGAUUUCGGUUUUUCGUAUACAUGGAAAAAUCCCCCCCCCCCCCCCCCCCCCCCAACAAAAGCCACACGUUAAGAACCUUUAUUAAAAUCAAUUUUAUUAUCAGUUUACCUCGACUUAAUUCAUGUACACGGACCAAUGUAUUCAUACAAUUAUUACUUAAGGAUUCAUGCUUGCCUUCAAUUCAGAACUACAAAAUGCCAGAGGUAUGUUUGUGAAUGAGUGAACAUUUACUGUAUGUAACCUAAAACAAGGUGCCAUUGCGGGGAAUCCAUUUUUAAAACAUGCGAGAAAGGAAUCAAUUCGUGAUAAACUAUAUUGUUAUCUUAUAUUCAGGAACUAAUGAUGAAAAAAACUAAAACAAACAAACGGAAAAAAACGCGUGGGUAAACUUCCGUGAUUUUCGUUUGUAAUAACGUAAAAGAUUAAAAGGUGUUAACUGUGUGUUUCAGUACGAAAUGAGUCCCCUAAAACUGUAUGACUUAUCAUUCGUAAAAUGGAUUUCUCAAGUAAGACCCUACGAUAUAUAUCUAUAAAGUAAAUAAUCAAAAUUGUUUGUUAUGUAUAAAUACCUCACUUACAAUGACUACAGCAUUAGGUUACUUACAAGGCGCUCCAGCACAUGGGACUCUAACCUCGAGCGUCCCUGUAUGAGUGGUCUUCCGUCGUGUUAGGGAAAGAAAUGAUACCUGUACAUAUAUAUAAAAAAUUAAGUUAUUUUCAACUAAAGGAAUACAGUUUGUACUUGUACAGUUUAGUGCCAAAGAAUUUAUAUAAUGUUUGUAAUAAAAUCAAUAAAAUGUUAAACAUA